AUGUAUUGCCUGCCGUCUUCCCCAGCAUUCCUAGCAGAGAGCAAUUACUACCCACACCUUGCGCGCCUUCAAACCGCAACCAUGCAGGCAAUGCCCGAUUCGCGCCAGCAGAGCUUCGAGGAAAUUUAUGGCCCUCCCGAGAAUUUCCUCGAGAUCGAAGUUCGCAACCCACGCACCCAUGGCAUGGGUCGUAACAUGUAUACCGACUACGAGAUCCUCUGCCGAACCAACAUCCCCGCCUUCAAGCUGCGCCAUUCCUCCGUCCGCAGACGCUAUUCCGACUUCGAGUACUUCCGCGACAUUCUUGAACGCGAGUCUGCGAGAGUCACGAUUCCCCCGUUGCCCGGAAAGGUCUUUACAAAUCGGUUUAGUGAUGAUGUGAUUGAGCAUCGGAGGGAGGGAUUGCAGCGGUUCUUACAGAUUGUUGUUGGUCAUCCAUUGCUGCAGACUGGUAGCAAGGUAUUGGCGGGUUUUGUUCAGGAUCCAAAUUGGGACCGCAAUGCCUGGUGA